GCUUUGUUUGAAGCCUGUUUCCUCUAUGUAUUCUUCAUUCACCAAAAAUAGAAAGAAACUCAGCUCCUACUUGCAUCCUAGCAGAGCUAACAAGAGAAAAAAGGAUGAGCUGCGGAGAAAGCAAGGUUGUGUGUGUGACGGGAGCAUCUGGUUUCAUAGCAUCAUGGCUGGUGAAGUUCUUAUUGCAACGAGGUUAUACUGUCAAAGCCACGGUUCGGGACCCAGACGAUCAAAAGAAAACAGAACACCUACUCACACUUGAUGGAGCAAAGGAAAGGCUUCAUUUGUUCAAAGCAGACUUGUUAGAAGAAGGGUCUUUUUAUACGGCAAUUGAUGGAUGUGAAUGUGUUUUCCAUACGGCGUCCCCUGUCCUACGCUCAGUCUCAUCAACUAAUCCGCAGGCAGAAUUAAUUGAGCCCGCUUUGAAAGGUACGCUUAAUGUCCUCGGAUCGUGUGUGAAGGUUCAGUCUAUCAGAAGGGUGGUUAUAACAUCCUCUAUGGCAGCAGUUGGAUUUAAUGGAAAACCUCUUGCUGCUGAUGUAAUAGUCGAUGAAUCUUGGUUUUCAGAUCCUGCUUUUUGUGAAAAAUCAAAGCUUUGGUAUAUGCUUUCAAAGACAUUAGCUGAGGAAGCUGCUUGGAAGUUUGCAAAAGAAAAAGGAAUUGAUAUUAUUACAAUAAAUCCGGGAUGGGUGAUCGGCCCUCUCUUACAGACAACUCUGAACUUGAGUGAGGAACUAGUUCUGAAACUCGUAAAUGGGACCGAAAAGUUUCCCAACAGAACUUACAGACUUGUUGAUGUUAGAGAUGUUGCUAUUGCACAUAUUCUAGCCUUUGAAAACCCAUCAGCUAGUGGACGUUAUUGUUUAGUUGGAAGCGCAAAACACUGUUCAGAGGUUGUGAAAAUGUUGUACGAGAUCUCCCCUGCUCUCAAUCUUCCAGAUAAAUGUGCAGAUGACAAGCCUUUCACACCAACCAACCAGGUAUCCAAGAAAAGAACCCAAACUUUGGGUGUAAAGUAUACUCCGCUUGAAGUGUCUCUGAAGGAUACUGUUGAAAGUUUGAAGAACAAGAACUUCUUCUAAUUGUGGAACUCAUUCACAAGUCAGGAAGCAGUUAAAGAUUGAUAGUAUGUGUAUGUCUACCUCUGUUGUUUUAUUAUUUAUGAGAUCAUUGUCUUGUGUGACUUAUGCUUGAAGUGAUGAUAUGCACAUAAAAGUACCAUAAUGAUGCUUUGUAUCAUUUGCAAAAAUUCAACUUAUCAGAAAGCAUAUGGGAAUAAUGUGUUGAUUA